CACGUCACUCACAGCUCAGAAAAAUAAUAUACAAGUACAUACAUACAUCAUACAUCGACUAAGACGUUUUAUUGACUAAAACCGACUACGCAUUUGGAAAAACAUCAACAAUAAAAAUGUCCGAUGAUGAGCAUCUAUCUGGCAACGAAAUUUAUGAGGAGGACGACGAGGAGCAGGAAAUCUUUGAUGAUGGCACGGAGUACACUGAGCCUGGCCAGCAAAAGGUUGAGAAGCCCUCAAAAGAUGAGAAAAAUGUUGCGAAAUGGCUGAAGAAGAACGUCAAAACAAAGAAAACAAAAUUUUUAAGUCACAUUGUCGAGUAUUUCACAUCCAGUAAGGCCAUUGAUGCGUUAAUGAAAUCAAAAUUCGCCGAAGGCGAUCAAGCACUGUUUACCACACGCGAGCAGGCAGUGGAAUUUCUGGAUGUUAUGUUGGAGCAUAAGUUCUUUCAUCGGGCCAAAAAAGUGCCCGUAACAGUGGAAGAGAUACGUGGUAAGGCGGAUAAGAGGGACGGUGAUAAGAAGUCGCAGGACAAAGAAAAGGACAAGUCAGAGUCUGGAGACAGCAAGGCUCAGCAAAAAUCCUCGAAGGAUGAUAAAAAGGAUGCCGAUCAUGAGGCAGAUAGUGGAAAAGGCGAUGGCAACGAAACAGUGCAAGCUGAUAAGAAGGAGAAAAAGAAACGCAAAAUCCGUUUGGAUAUGCAUCCCGAGCAAAUUUUUGUGGAUGGUUCUGAGGCAUAUGUGUGGAUAUAUGAUCCUAUUCCGUUGCACUACUGGAUAUUUGGACUAAUAUUGUUGCUGGGUGCGGUCGGUAUCUGCCUGUUCCCCCUCUGGCCUCCACUAUUGCGCAAGGGUGUCUACUAUUUGUCCAUUGCGGCCGCUGGCUUUUUGGUCUUCAUCUUGGGCCUAACCGUACUGCGUUUAAUAGUCUUUACUAUUGUUUGGGCACUGACCGGUGGAAAAUUGCAUUUCUGGAUCUUUCCAAAUUUGACCGAAGAUGUGGGCUUCUUUGCUUCGUUCUGGCCACUCUAUGAGAGCAACUAUGUGAGUGAUACAACUGCCACAUCUGGCAAAACCGACAAGAAAUCGUCAAAGUCAAAGUCGAAGAAAAAGGACAAAGACAGCGAUGCCGAGGAGGAUACAGCCGCUGACGUUGAUCACGAAGUUGAUGCCGAACAAGAUCCCGAUGCAGAUAUCGAAGCCGAUGCCGACGGCGAUGUGGAUGCUACGCCCUUGGAGCCAGAAAAAAUUGAGCAAAUCAAAGAGCAUGAUGCCGACAUGGAGGUGCGUAAGCGUCGCAAAAUUGGCGCCGACGAUUACGAGGAUGACGAUGAUGAGGACGACGUCUCGCAGGGCAGUGCAUCGCAGAAGCAGACAAAGGACACCAAAGCUGGCACACCACGUAACUCGGAGUCCGAAUCGGAGAGCUCGAGCAAAGAUUAUGAGAUAAUUAGUUCAAGUGAAGUGCAAAAUGUUGCGGGAAACUAAAUAAGUGGCAAUGGCGAUUCACAGAAACCAAUAAAUAAACGUAUAUAUACACACACACACAUCCACUUAUUAAGCUUAUUGAUAAGGAAGUGAGAAUAGGGGAAAACCAAAACAAAAAAAAACAUGUUAAUUCCAAACAGAA